AUGCCAAAGAGUAUUACUGCUAACGAUAAUAUUUAUAUUAAUAAUAAACAAUCAACAUCAAACGUUGAUAAUAUUCGUGCAAUGACGUUGCAAAUUCAGAGUUGUGAAGAAAAUCCUCUUGGAAAACUAAUGGAGCAAUAUAACCGUCUCGCAUCUGAAAAUCUUGUAGAUGAAGCCAAGAAAGAAAUAAAAAAUGAUCUGAUUAGCUCCUUAUCAUAUCAAUCAUCGUCGGCAUCGUCAUUAGCUGCAGUAACAGCAGUAACUACUUAUCCAUCAUAUGCAUGGAAUACUACAUCAAAUUCAACAUGGUUAACAGAUCCAAAUUCAACAUGGCCAUAUUAUAAUAAUAAUGGUGAUACUGCAACAUACAAUCCAUAUUUAACGAGUCAAUUUCAUGGUUUUUUAUCGGCAGCUAGUAUUAAUACGACUAGUAACAUACAAUAUUCCAAUAAAAUAACCUAUUCUAAUGCACCAACAAGCUCAUUGUUGCCGCAUAUUGCUGGGGGCAAAUUUCAAACAAGUCGCUUGAACUGUGAAUGUCCAAACUGUCAAGAGGCUGAAAGAAUAGUUGCGCACGAGUAUCAAGGCUUCGAUUUCAGUUCCUUAAUGGGAACUUGUCAUUAA